GCGCAUGAUGUUUCCAUCUGGAUAAGGAAGGAAAAAUACACUAUUGAUACUUAAUGCACAAGGAAAAGCACAAAAUCCAGCAAUUUUCCAAGUUUUAAAGUAAUUUUCCUAUGUAAGUUUAUGUUUUUUGCAUUUAUUUAGUUAUUCAGACGUGCACAAACUAUUUUGAGAAUCUACCGGUACUUGGGGGGUUUAUUUUCUUCUAUACGCAUCAACUGAGCAAUGCCUGGAUCCAGAAAAAUGAUUUUAAAACACGUAAUGUCUGGAAUUUGUACCAAGAUGAAUCGGACAAAACAACUACCUUCUGACGUCAUGGAAACGCCGCUGAAUAGAUGUUUGAACACCUUUGACAUCACACUUCUUGGUGUGGGACAUAUGGUAGGUGCAGGAAUCUACGUUUUAACAGGAACAGUAGCCAAAGACAUUGCUGGACCUGGAAUCAUCCUGUCCUUCCUUUUGGCGGGACUAGCAUCAUUGUUAUCAGCACUAUGCUAUGCUGAAUUCGGUACUAGAGUACCCAAAGCUGGUUCAGCUUACGUCUACACUUAUAUAAGCAUUGGGGAGUUCUGGGCGUUCGUGAUUGGCUGGAACAUACUUCUGGAACACAUGAUCGGUGCAGCCUCUGUUGCCAGAGCUUGGAGCGGCUAUGUCGACUCCCUUUUUGCAGGCGUUAUUAGUAACACCACUAUGUCAAUUACUGGAGAGCUCCACGAACAACUCUUAGGAAGAUAUCCAGACUUUUUGGCAUUUACUGUCUGUCUGGUUUACGCCUUCUUACUUGGUAUUGGUGUUAAAGGUUCAGCAAUGGUUAACAGCUUCCUAACUAUUAUCAACUUGACAGUGAUGGCUAUAGUGAUCUUCGUAGGAUUUUACUACGCCAAUGAAGAAAACUGGACUGGAAAGGGUGGUUUUCUACCCUACGGUUUUGGAGGUGUAGUUGCAGGUGCCGCAACAUGCUUCUAUGCUUUCGUGGGAUUCGACAGCAUAGCUACUUCGGGAGAGGAAGCAAAAAAUCCUUCAUUUUCAAUUCCUAUGGCCACCGUUGUCUCUAUGGGCAUAGUAACUUUAGGAUAUGUACUGGUAUCAGCGGCACUAACAUUAGUGAUACCUUACUAUAGCAUCAAUACAAGCGCUGCCUUGCCUGAAGCUUUUGUCAACGUUGGACAACACUGGGUAAAAUACGUAGUAUCCCUAGGUGCUAUUUGUGGCAUGACAACCACCCUCUUUGGAUCAUUAUUUUCUUUGCCAAGAUGUAUGUACGCCAUGGCAGUAGAUGGACUGCUUUUUGGAUUUUUAGGAAAUAUCAAUUGCAAAACUCAGUUACCUCUAACUAAUUUGAUUAUUUCUGGACUAUCUUCUGCCCUAAUAGCCUUAUUGUUUGACCUAGAAAAACUAGUUGAAUUUAUGUCAAUUGGAACCUUACUGGCAUAUACUAUCGUGAGUGCCAGUGUGAUUAUACUCAGAUACAGGCCAACUUUUGAGACUACGGCCUGCAAGCCUAUAUCGACUCCGGCCUCAGAAGUUUCUGCUUCCACAUCAGAACUAACAACUCCAGCAUCAGAAAUUAUUAAUUUGACUGGAACAUUGCGAGUUCAAUACAGCUGGUUAGCACCUAUUUUUGGCAGUUGUGAACCUGGCGCAGUCGUCACUGGAUCUGUAUUUAUCUACACAUUAUUCUGCUGUGCUCUCUGCACAUUCUUUCAAAUAUCCAGAACGGAUUUAGAGAAUGGAAUAUGGUGGACUGUGAUUCUUGCCACAUUUUUCAUACUUGUCAUGGCCGGAUGUGUGUUGGUUAUAUGUGCCCAUCAUCAAAACACGACCAGUUUGAGGUUCAAAGUACCGAUGGUACCGUUUAUACCGGCUUUGAGUAUAUUAUUCAACAUUGAGUUUAUGGUACACCUGAAUAUUUUGACGUGGCUAAGAUUUUUUAUAUGGAUGGUUAUAGGAAUGUUGGUAUAUUUUCUCUACGGCAUCCACCACAGUAAAGAGGGUGAAGGAACAUCGUCUUACUCAAUCCUGAUGACGUCUUCGGAAGCUGUCAAAGAAAAAUGGGGCUCCACUACCCGAACAAACAUCAAAGGAUUGCUGACCCACAGAAAAGCUUCAACAGGAGACAAAAAAACUAUCGUAAAUGAAGACGAAGAAGACAUUACUGAGUAAUAAA